UAUUCGACUGCCAACAAGCGUCAUGGCCAGCAAACCAGCAGUCAGUAGCCUUACCAGGGCUUUCACCAGACCAUCCGCAACCGCGACCUGCAGGUGUCACAGAACCGCCACUACUGCGAGCAGACAUUUCUCAGAGCUAUCGCGAGCGACACCGUUGUCUUCAUCGAAUAAGCGAUUUAGACCAACCAUCCUCCGCUACACACAACCAUCUGUGCCGCGAACGCCCUCCGCGGUGAGAACGAUUUUCAUCCAGACGGAAGACACUCCGAAUGCAGAUGCGCUGAAGUUCCGACCAAACCACAAUAUCCUGCCCGACAACUUUCCUUCUUCGUUCCUUGAGUAUCUCUCUCCGCGGUCUACACUGGCGCCACCGCAUCCGUCGCCACUAGCCGCACAGCUAUUGAACGUGGAUGGUGUCACGAGCGUAUUCUACGGCAAGGACUAUAUUACGGUCACCAAAGACAGCGCAACACCAUGGGCGCACGUUAAGCCGGAGGUUUUUAGUCUUAUCACUGAAGCGGUAACUAGCGGUCAAGCGAUUGUCAACAUCGUCGAGAACAAGACGGGCGAGGAAGGGCAAGGCAGCUCCAGCAGCGAGGCUCAAGCGUCGUACGCGCCGGAAGACGAAGAAGUGGUUGGCAUGAUCCAGGAGUUGCUCGAGACUCGCAUUCGACCCGCAAUUCAGGAGGACGGGGGCGAUAUUGAGUUCCGAGGCUUCCAUGACGGACAAGUUCUGCUGAAGCUUCGAGGCGCAUGUCGUACGUGCGAUAGCAGUACGGUGACAUUGAAGAACGGGAUCGAGAGUAUGCUCAUGCAUUACAUCGAGGAGGUAAAGGGUGUACAGCAGGUGAUGGAUCAGGAGGAGGAGAUUGCCAUGAAGGAAUUCGCCAAGUUUGAAGAGAAGCUGAAAAUGCAGAAAGGAGCAGUGCCGGCAGGAACCACAGGGAAGGGGAGCCUGGACACUGUCGAGGCAUGAGGUGAUCUCGCAAUGCAUUACUUACCCGCCAUGCUGCAGCACCGCCAUUCUGUACGGUAUACGCUCGUGCGGUAUCUUUCGUUCCAGCGCGCAGCGAGGUAGGGUGGUUCCCUUUACUGUGCAUGAAGGUGGAUCGGAAACCUCGCCCCCAUGAUGCAAUAUGCUACACUGCAAACGGGUCAUGAUCCAGAUGCGCGCAAGCGAGCCGCUCUCAUGCAUAUGCAGUCUUACAAACGAUCUGAUAUGAAGCUUAGUGCGUCUUCCGUACGCCGGCGAUGCAACGCAAUGGAGUCGGCUAGUCAUGCGAACGAUUGCGGGGCGAUGGACCUAAACUCAAAUUAACCAGUUCACUUCAUACGAAGUC